CUAUUCCGGCUGUCUGCUCCGCGGUGCUGUCAUCUGGCGGGUCGUGUGGGAGGCUGUGAUGCGGCGGUGUGCGAGGCGAGACGGCGGAUAAAGUGGGGUGGCGAGUUAUGUCUUUGGAAUCCCGGCCCAGCAAUUCGCUUUUCAAGCGAAAAGAGCAGCUCAAGCGCUGGGAGGACUCCGAGACGAACCUCGAGAGCGCCGAGCCGCCGCCGGACAAGGCGCCCCGGAUCAAGUUCAGCGAUGGUUGCGUGUUCCUCGCCGCCUGCGCCGCCGGAGAUACGGCCGAAGUCGAGCGUCUGCUCGUCGCCGGUGCCGACAUCAACACGACGAACGUCGACGGGCUCACCGCGCUGCACCAGGCAUGCAUCGAUGACAACAUGGCGAUGGUGGAGUUCCUUGUGGAGCACGGGUGCGACCUCAACCUCGGUGACAAUGAGGGCUGGACGCCGCUCCAUGCUACAGCCUCCUGUGGCUUCGUCAGCGUGGCCAGGUACCUGAUUGAGCAUGGAGCAGACGUCUCCAGAGUAAACAACGAUGGUGACCUGCCCAUUGACAUCGCCGAGUCCGAGGAGAUGGAGGAGUUACUGCAAGCGGAGAUUGACAGGCUCAAUGUGGACUGCGAAGCGGCUCGCAACGAGGAGGAGCGGCUAAUGCUGGAGGACGCCAAGCAGAUGCUGAACAACAACCGGGUGCCAGACAAGGUGCACCCCAAGACGGGCGCUACCUCCCUUCAUGUGGCGGCUGCCAAGGGCUACCUCAAGGUCAUGAGCGUGCUGAUCCAGGCCGGCGUGGACCUGAACGCUCAGGACGUGGACGGCUGGACGCCCCUGCACGCUGCUGCACACUGGGGGCAGAAGGCAGCCUGCCGUCUGCUUUGCGAGAACCUGGCCAAUAUGGCGCUGCCCAACUACGUGGGCCAGACGUGCUUUGACCUUGCCGACCCUGAAGUGCUGCCUGUGCUAGAGGAGCUUCGCAAGAAGCAGGACAGCAUGCAGAAGGAGCGUCCUGAAAUCCAGGAGAUCCUGGAGCGUAAAGCGCAGCGGCCGCCGCCCCUCAAACGUCGCACAUCCGUCACGCGCAUGAGUCUGGCCGACAAGAACAGCGUCGUGGUCAAGGACACCUCGUCUGAGCGCACCGCCAUCGAGUCACAGCUCCUGCUCGCCAAAGUCGACGAAGAGGCUGAGCGCAAGUCAGAGGAGCGGGAGAUCCGGUUGCACCCAAGCUCACCCGAGGAGCGGCAGGUGGCACGAAAGAACGAGGUGAACCGGGCAGUGAGCAACGCAUACCUGGGCACCGACGCCGCUGCGGACAACAAGCCGAAGCUGCAGCCGGAGAAGGAGGAGGAGGUGACGCUGGCACUGAGGCGGCUGCGGCGGCCGAGUCCCGACAACGCGGAGCCGGUCUCUGCGGAGGUGACGGUCACCCACCCCGGGCUGGCCCCGAGGAGCGUCGAAUCACCGCCUGUCACCGUGGCAACCAUCACCAUCGACGACAAGAAGAAAGAGCCUUCACCACCUGCAGAAAUUGUCACGCUUCGAAAACCUCUCCGGGUCAGCGCCGACAGCGGGGUAACGGAGGUUACGACCUCCGCACCAUCCACCCCGCCCACCGACAACACUCCAAAAAGGACCUUUGUGCUCCCAGUACGGGACGAGGAAUCUGAAACACAGAGGAAGGCCCACGCAAAGAGAGUCAGAGAAACAAGACGGUCGACGCAGGGCGUCACGCUAGAGGACGUCAAAUCGGCUGAGCAGCAGCUGCUGAAGCGGCAGCAGGAACUCGAGGACAAGAAGGAGGACAAGCCGCCCCCGCCAACAGUCAUAGGCGCGGCGCCCGUCUCCACGACAACCACGACCACCACCACCACUACCACCACAACAGAAGAGCUGGUGCGCCGGCAUUCCUGGAGGAACAGGGACAAGGAGGAAGAACCGCCCGCAGUCCGAGUAGUACCCAGCAGUCCCGAAACAGCUCCGGUGGUGACCUUCUCCAUGCCCAGGGCGCGAAGUCAAAGGGGAGUGACGGCUACCCCAGCUCCCGAGGUCAGCCACACAGUCACCGUCCCCAUUCGGCCACGGGGCAUCGUGGACGACACGGCGAUCACCGCCAGGGAAGUGGGUGACGGAGACAAGGACGAUACCAAGACCAACACGCAGUCAGCGAUUUCAAGGCGAAGGCGGCCAAAGCGGAGAUCGACAGGCGUUGUAUACCUUGAAGGAGACAAUAUUGGUGGCCAGGAAUCUUCGGCAGACCAGGAAGGAUCGGAUCGGGAUAAACUGAGGAUAGGCGCUGUCAACGACCUUUCCAACGACGCAGAGAGCACCCCAGACACGGUUCGGGGUCGCAGUGGAUCUGCAGGCUCCGUAGCGGACAGCACCAAAUCCGAGACAGAGUCACGGCUCAGCAGCAGUGCAGCCAGCCUUCAGGACGAUGACGAGCUUGACUACAAAAAGCUCUACACUGAACUGAAGGAGGACUACAGCAAACUGAAAGGCAAGCUGUCUCGGACCGAAGACGAGCUUGAAACGACGAGACGUCAGCUCGAGAAGGCACAGUUGAACAAUCGGAAUUCACUCAGCGAUGCUGAGAAGAGGGAACGUCGAGCACUCGAGAGGAAAAUCUCUGAAAUGGAGGAGGAGCUCAAGCAAUCGGAACAGCUGCGAGCCGAAAAUGCACGGCUCCGUGAGGAGAAUGGUGCCCUGAUACGCGUCAUCAGCAAGUUGUCCAAGUAACCCUCUCCCCGUUCCCUACCCCUCGGCAGAGGCGGCACCGUCGUCCUCCUGCAAAACUUCGUCUUCGCUUGUCCAUCGAUCCAUCUCUCCGCUGCCGGGAACGAGAGAAUGCUGAGCGCUUGUUCGCUCUUCGCUGGCCGCCGUCGUUUUUGUUGUUUGCCUGCUGCCUCGUUGUUGGCUUGACUCGACCUUCUCUCGGCCUAAAUCGGCACACCGAGUGACCUUUUCUGGAACGAAUGCUUCAGCGACCUCAGCAAUUCGUGUGUAGAGAAAUCUGAGCCACCUGUACACUCCAAAGAAAGCUUGCACCCUCAGGGGCUCAUCCUGUCGCCAAUGAUAAUUGUCAUCCAUAUUUCAUGCCUUUACAUUCUUCAACACAGCACACUCAGUUCUUUUCUGUAACAAGUGGCAAGCUCGUGGCAGUAUGACAUGGCAUGUGUGACAGGAAAGUCGUGAGUACGGAGUGCUAAAGAAAGGAAAUGCUCACAAGACUGGUGAACGAUUUGGCGACAAGAUAAACCCCAGAGGCUGUAAAAUUUCUUUAGUGUAUAGUAUCUUGUACAGCGGUCGGGUCAGCGCGCAGUUCCCAGGAACGUUGGCAUGCCUGGAGUGUGUUUUCAAGUGCGUUGUCAUGUGUGGCAUUUAGGUGAUGUUUGGAAUUCUGUUUUUCUUCUUCCUGUACGCUGUCUGUGGCUACACAACCGCCACUCACUUCUGCCUUGCUCGGUGUUCAAACUUCUAACCUCUCCUGCAGGCAGUGCUGCCAGUUUAGCUGACUUUAAACCUGUUUAGUGAGGAAAGAAAGAUGGUUUUAGCGUUUUUAGCAGGUAGGUUUUUGUUGUGCAUUUUCAAAAGUAUUUUCAUCAUUCAUAGCAGAUUCCAAAUGAUUGUUUGGCAACUGAAUCCCUGCCAGAAAUAUUAUUCCUGAUUUUGAAUUCUUGUCAUUGGUAAUACAUUGUCAUUGUUUUGUGUUUGAUGGCUGAUUGACUCCCUUUGAGGCAAACCCAAUUAAGCAGGGUGAAAAAAGCCUGAUUAGCAUAUACUGUAAAUUUAGUUGAACCAAACUUGGCAUGAAGUCAGUGUCAGUAGACUUAAAGGCAGGAUUCUUCAACAUGAAAGCACUGAAUAAUUUUUCAUCAAACUAGUUGAAGUGUUAGCAUUUGCAGUAGUGCAGUGGUAUGCAGAGCACCAUCAAGCAUUGAUUACUCAACACCUUAAGCCAGAGUGCAUAAAGGAAUCAUUUAGUGUUUAUGCUGUUUUAUUUAUUUUGUGAUGUCCAUAUUAAGGUGCAUCAGGAAUAGUAAAUGGAAAUGUGAAUUGCUUCUCUUGAGAUGAACAAAAUUUCACAGUUCCUUCGAGAUUAUGUAAAUGGGAGUCUAUAGACAUUACAGUGAAACCUGUUUGUGUACUUAAAAUUCCGACCUUGUUUCGUGGAGCAUAGAAAAGUUUACAGGAUACUCAUAGGAGCAACAAGUAGCCCUAAAAGGUGACUCUUCUGGUGCUUAAUAGUGCUCGUUAACUAUAUUUGAUCGUACUUCUUGCUGAAGUUUUGCUUCACAUGUUCACAAAGGUAUUUAGCUCAAUUUAGUGGAUUUCAAGCAUUGAUUUUAACGGGCUGCUUGGCAAUGAAAGAUGGCAGCACUGCCUGCAAGUGAGCUUAGCUGCGUGGCUGGUCACUGCCGGGUAAGUACUUUGAGGAGACAGUACCUGUGCACCCAAGCAAGUGCAGCACCAUUUUGCCGCGCUCAGCUGUCACUUUCCUAUCUUCUGCACCAGCAGGUUGGAAACUUCAUUCAGUGUUUGUAAAGAAUGGACCCAGUACUGGCCAGUAGGAACAAAUUCAAAGCCCUGUGAUAACUGAAGCGAGAUUGCAGUUAUGUUGGAACUGACGUCCAUCGAGCAUUCAUAUGGCAGUCCUGCAUCAAGGCCUCAACAGUGGUCCUUGUUGCAACCAAUGCGGCAAGGGGUUUCUCGGUCAUGUUAAGGUGAGAUCGCGCAUGCAUCAAGUUCUCGCUAGACUGGCACGGUUUUAGCUGAAUGUUUCAGCAAGUUGCUGUCACGAUAGAUUUUUUUCUCCAAAUGCUCGCAGCUGGUGCAGUGUUAGACUGCUCUGAAGUGAGCACAAUUUGAAUUUAAAGCGGGUCAGUGUGUUUCCUGACAGCUUCUGAGACAGCUCGCCGAGCCUGAAGAGCCGAGAUGUGGGCCAGCUAGACAUGUGGUGACAAAUGUCUUUGUAAGACCAUAGUUUGUCAGGCACAGUUUCGCUGAAUAAGACCCUCGCUGCAAAGCGAUUGUGAAAGAAGUGCUGAGAGGUGUGAAUAAGCCAGACAAUCUUGGUUGUGCACAGUCUACAUUAGGUGAGACCUGUCUUGUUUAACGAAGUAUGUAUGCAGUUGCAAUGAUGCAACUGUGGAAAUGCGAGGCACGUGACUCGAUAGGCGGCAGACAGAUUAUUGCAGUGCAUGCGAUUUUGUUAAAGAGAGUGCAGAAGUGCUUAAAGCCUGGUCCUUCCCCUGCACAGAGCAUUGAAAGAAGCAGCGUUGACGAGAGUUUUACAGCCACAACCCUUCAUUUCUUCCUUUUUUGUCUAGUCUGAUGUACAUGGGUUGCUUGUGCUCUUGCUCAUCUGUUGCCCAACAACUUUCAUCCUUAGGGCAUAUGCUUGCUUUUUAGCUGCUGUGAUGCAAUCAUCACUUCUGAUUGGUGCAGUGUUAAACAGACAGUGGGAACGCGAAAAUGGUGGCACCAGUGUUGUCAUGGCUGCCAUUGUGACUUCAAUUUGCCUAGAAAAGUGAAUCUACAACCAGGGUCUUUGCAUUGUGCUUGCGUUACACUGGUAAACUCUUGUUUCUGGUCUGGUGCCUAAUCAGGCAUGGUCAUUGGUAGUAGAAUUCACCCCAGCCACAACUCUUCAGUCAACAUUUUAGUUAGUUUUUUUUUUUUUCGCAUUUAGUAAUGUCAGACUUUCUGGGGUUUAUAGGCUGUUAUUAAAUGGUUGCCACAAACUUUUCUUUUGGUUGUUGGCCAUACAUGACAAGGGACAUAGUGUUGCUUCUCAACAUUGUACUUGUCAAAGUUGUAAAAUUGUGCUUAAUCAUCAUUCUUCUGCUGGAUGCUACUUUGUAAUUGCUCGUGCAUUUGUGCUGCUCCCUGGCUGAAAAGUUGCCCCGCGUGCUGUCGUGCACAUGCAUGCCUUUUUUUUUUUUUCACACCACGCUUCGCUGUUUUUGGCAAAAGCUACUUUAAGACGAGAUUUGUGUGCAACGCUGUAAUUGACAAGCAUUGUUAUUUUGUUUCAUUCAUUUGGCUUUAUUUGCAUUGAAGGAACGUCUACACCUUUAGGCAUUUUUACGGUAGCCCAAAUAUUUUUUUUUUCCUUUCAGAGGUUGUAACACAAAAUGUGUGAAUUUUCUUUUUUUCUCAUUUGUAAGGUCUGGUAAAAUGUGCGUGUAUGUGUAUGUCAAAAUUAGUAAGCAGUGGUGAGGCACCUUGUUUUAUGAAUCGAUGAAAAGCCCAAUUUUAAGACCUGUGCACGUGACAGGAGAGCGUUUACUCUUCUUCUAGGUUCUUUUGUGAGGUUUUAUUGUGAGGCUGAUAUGUGCCUGUCAUAUGCUAUAAUUCUGUCACACUGAGAAAUGGUCUGCACUGAAAUUAAGAAAGGUGACGGGUGUUAAGUAUUGGUUACUCUGUCAGGUCGCUAUAUCAUUGUAUUCGCCUUAGUCGCAACCUAGGGCAGUCUAUCACAUUUCUGGAGACCUGACUAGUAAACAACACCAAGCCGCCAAACGACGAGCUUUUGCCACUUGCAAGACCCAAACCCUAGUGCCAUGAAAUAUUUGUUCCUAAAUGAGCCGUUGGAGAGAAUGUACUGGAUGUCGACACCAACCUUUCUCGUCCAGCGCAUCUCAUGCACAUGUCUUUGUUCGUGCAAGACUAUAUUUCGUGUACUUUCAGGCUGCACAGACCGCUCGGAUGUGAAAAACAUAUAUAGAAGCGUUGCGCACUUGUGUGUCACUUUAGUUGUCUAUGCACUUGCAGCCUUUGGGCAAUUGUCAAGAACAAAACACCACGCAUGGCAGGAGUACAUUAAUAAAUCGCAGGUCGCCUUUCCCAACUCUACACAUGAAUGCGCUCUAUUCUGUACAUACCUUUCCUGCCUGGCCAGCAUGUCAGUAUCUUGCACACUGCAUCAUGUCGCAUCAUGACAUGCUGCGCACUAUGGUGCCUUGGACUCUACAAAGCCAAUUGAGCAUUAUAGCCCGUUUUUACUUAAAAAAGUCUUUUUUGGAGACUGCACCUUUACCGAAGUUUUGUGUAACUCAUAGUACAACAGAGUGUCGUGUUUUCAAAGAGUCGCGAAUAUGGUAGUUGGCAGAGCUUUUCUUUUUUUUUGCUUUUGCAUUCGCCAGUGGCUGCUCUCUCAGCCUACUACAGUUAUUUGUUCUGAUUGCAAAGAAUGUGUGUGUAUGUGCGUGUGAUGCUGCGGUUUAUAAGCGGCUACGUGCCGAGGUUGAGGCAUAGCUCAAGUAAAACUGCAGACUUCUCCGCAUUGUAGAACAGGACAGUGAAGCAUUUUCGACGUGGACGUUUAAUAUAUUUAUUUAUGAAGCGCCUGCACAUGUGGACUGCAGUGUUUUUACCCAUGCUGUGUUUUUCGUUCAGUUUAUCCCACCCACCCUCUGCCCUUCCCUGUCGCUUGAUAUAUUCCCUGGACAGAACGAACUUCGCUGUGCCUGUGUUGUACGAAGUGUUUUAUUGAAGUCGUGGGCGCUCAUUCCUGCGAAGGAAUUUCAGUGUCUCCUCUCAGAUGAAUGUUUGUAAUAAAAGUUUUUUUUUUUCUUUGUGA